CUUCCGGUAACUUUUCGAGGUCAAAAAACAAAUCGAAAAUGGCCAGCAUUGUUUUGAAGCAAAUAUUUUCUAGAACAGCAACAGCUUCUUGUUGUCAUGUUAGAGCCAUCGCACAGAAUUCAAGCAGAUCUUUAAGCACAUCCCAUACACUGCUUUCUAAUAAAGAGGCUGCUAAAGUGGAACCACAACAAGAAGAACAACAAACAUCCAAAAAUGGAGGAUUCUUUAAAAACUUACUCAGAGUACGAACAUUAAAUCCUACUAAAGAAUCACAUUCUAGUCUUCUUUCGUCCAAAGAAACAGUUUAUGAAAUACAGUUUCAUGCUGUGAAACCUGAGUUUAUGGAAGAUUACUUAAAUCAGUUCUCAAGGUUUCAAGGUCUGAUGCAUGAAAAGAAAACAGGUGCAAAUUUAGUGGCCAGUUUUACAGUGGAAAUAGGAGAUCAAGAUGAAGCUGUACACAUAUGGGAAUAUAAAGGUGGUUAUCCAGUUUUAAACAAUGCUACAGAAAUUUACAGAACAGAUCAGGACUUUAUAGAAUACAGAUUAGCCAGAAAUAAAAUGUUAAGAUCCAGAAAGAAUCAGAUCUUGUUAGCAUUUAGUUUUUGGCCAAAACUUGAACCAAGAAAGGGUAAAAACAUUUAUGAGAUGAGAAGUUAUACACUAAAGGCUGGCACAAUGAUAGAAUGGGCAAAUUGUUGGGCUAGAGGUAUACAGUCCCGAGGACAGGGAGAGGAACCUGUACUGGGUGUAUUUUCACAGAUAGGUGACCUAUAUAUGGUCCACCAUGUUUGGGGAUAUACAGAUUUACAGACCCGUAAAGAGACAAGAGAAGCAGCAUGGAGCAGACCUGGCUGGGAUGAAUGUGUUGCUUACACAGUGCCAUUGAUAAGACAUAUGCAGUCUAGAAUCCUGAUACCAACACCUUUCUCACCUCUCCAGUAGGAGAGUUACUCAGGGAGAACGGACAACGUUCAAAGAUUGCAUUAUAGACUAAACAGUAUACAAAAAACACAGAAUCUUACAAGUUGUAGGAUAGCAUGUUUAUUUCUUGUUUAUAAAUUAAAAAGAGUUGAUAGAAAUACUUGUAUUGUAUAUCAGACAUUUCAAAUGAAAACUUAUUUUGUUUUCAUUCUGAUAGGAUUAUGAUUUUUUGUAAGAAAAAAAUAUAUAUAAAAAUGUUUUAGGUACAUGUAUUUGUAAAAAUAUAAUUUCAAGAUUAUGCAGUUAGACUAGAUGAUUAACUUAUACAGUAGAUAUUUAAAGAUAAAUAAAGUCACUGCAUUUAAGAAGCAGAAUUCAAUAAUUAAAACCUGUAAACAUGUAGCUGAAUUUUAGAAAUAGUGAUGCCAAUCUUGUGGUGUUGAUUUGUAGAUCACUUUGAAGAUUUUAAUGGUUUACUUGACCUUGUCCUCAUUUUCAUGGUUCGUCAAUGUUUUUGUAAUACCUGUAUAAACCCCUCAAUCUCAAAGUUCCAAAUGUCGUUCAAUCACAAUCAGUAAAACAGGGAAGACAUUUCAAUAUGUCAAUUUUUUUUGUUGAUUUUGAUAUUUCUAGUAAGUUUCUUAUGAUUCAUUGUGACCAGUUAAUAUAUUUUUUUUUAUAACUACAAAAUUCUUUACUUUAUAUUUUAUCAGAAUAUAAAUGUGAAUUUGAGAUUUUUAUAGUAUACAAAAAACUCUUUUAUUAAGGGCAAAACUGAAUUUGAAAUUUGGAUAACUUGGUUUUUUUUAAGAAACACUAAACUUGAAUGUGAAGGUCUUAUAGCACUUUGUUGUAUUAUUUACAUUUUUGUAUGUACGUGUACAUGUGUCGUUAGUUCUGGUUAAAGUUUAUGUAUACCUAUAAUACAAAUACAUAUGAGAAAUGUUAUUGAAAAUUUUUUUUGGAAUGAAUAAAAACUAGCUGAGCGAUUGUAUUUGUGAAUGGUUUGAUUGUUCACCUUAUCUGUUUUAAUUAUGAAGACUAAAGCAGAGUUAUCUCCCUGUUGUUUCAUAUCUAUAUCUUAUGUUACUGGGUUGUAUUUGGUGCAUGUUCAUUGUGGUUUGUGUUAAUGUUCAAUUUUCUCUUUUUAUUAUAUUAUAUGUUUUUUUUCAUGGAAUGAAAUGAGUUGUUAAAUAAUACUGUCGGUUUAAAAGUAUUGAUAUUUUACUGAAAAUAAAAUUAUUUAAGAUAUGGAAAUGUAUAAGUAAAAUAUAUAAAAUAAAUUUAAUAAAUAAAAAGAUAAGUUUACCAUAUUUAUUCUUUUAAAAAAAGAACAAUUAUGUAUAAUUGAAAAAACUUAUUACAGAGUUUUAUAGAACUUGAGAAAAGUAAUUGCAAUAUAUGUAGUAUUAUUUUUCAAAUAAAUGCAUUUUGUCCAUUUAAACUAUUCUUUAUUUGUAAUACUUUUUUGGUGAAGUUUAUUUUAACUGUAAAAUGAAUUGCAAACAAAUUGAAAUAAUCUUUUAGUAUUUAACUAAUUGUUUGAAAUUAUUAAGGACUAUGUUGUACAGGAUUGUUAUAAAACUUAUCAUAUUAUUGAGUAAAACUCGAACUGUACCUGCUUUUAAACUUACAAUUAAAAGACAAAAUAAAAUGUCUGCCAUAUUAUAAUACAAAUGUAUAGUGAAGACUGAGAUCUUAAAGCAUGAGAAAAUUUGAAAAUGUUAGAAAAUAAAAAAUACUGUCUAUAGCCACCAUAUAUUGCAUUAGAUCUCACAAAGUCUAUGACAGCAUUAUAUAAUGAUCUAUAAACACAUCUGUACUCACUUUCUUAGAUGUGUGUAAUAUAGAUGGAAUAUAUUUUAAAACAAUAAAUUGUUAUUUAAGUGAAAAA